AAAAUUCGAUAGAUGGACCAGCAAAAAGACUGAAGUAUGAUUGAAAUUACAUCAGUUUUCCCUGGAAGUCGAACUAUGAAGCACUUUAAAAUCUGUAAACUAAGCAGGUGGAGAGACUUGUGUCGUUCUUGAAGAGUGAUGUUGGCCAAGUUGGGCAGAACUCAGUGUAAUGGCUCCAUUUUCCACUAGAAGGCACUGCGUAGCUUACUGGGAUGGAUUGUUGUGGCACUUGUAGGAUUUGUACCUGUAUCAAGAUGCUCUAAAGGAUAACAACUAUUCUUAGGAAUGUCUAAUAUUACAAAAUGAUGAAAACUAAUUCUAGCAUCUUCCAUUUUGCCAUCAUCUUCAUGUUAAUACUUGAGACCAAAAUCCAACUGACUGAUGAAAGUGAAUUUUUGGUUGACAGAUCAGAAUCAAGUCUCUUUCAUGUUCCCAAAAACCUAUCCCUGAAAACAACAAUCUUAAAUAUAUCACAAAACUAUAUAUCUGAGCUUCGGACUUCUGACAUCGUAUCACUAUCAAAGCUAAGGAUUUUGAUAGUUUCUCAUAACAGAAUUCAAUAUCUUGAUAUUAGUGUUUUCCAAUUCAACCAGGAAUUGGAAUAUUUGGAUUUGUCCCACAAUGAAUUGUGGAAGAUUUCUUGCCAUUCUGUGAAUCUCAAGCAUUUAGACCUCUCAUUUAAUGCAUUUGUUGGCCUACCCAUAUGCAAAGAGUUUGGCAAUAUGUCUCAACUAGAAUUUCUGGGGUUGAGCGCCACACAAUUACAAAAAUCUAGUGUGCUACCAAUUGCUUCUUUGCAUAUAAGUAAGGUUUUACUGGUCUUAGGAGACGCUUAUGGGGAAAAAGAAGACCCUGAGAGCCUUCAAAACUUUAAUAUAGAAAGUCUACACAUAAUUUUCCCCACAAGAAAAGAAUUCAGUUUUAUUUUGGAUGUAUCAGUCAGCACAGCAGUAAGUCUGGAACUUUCCAAUAUCAAAUGUGUGCUAGAUGAUAAUGGAUGUUCUUAUUUCCAAAAUGUUCUGUUAAAACUUCAGAACAACUCAAGGUUAUCAAAUCUUACUUUAAACAACAUUGAAACAACUUGGAAUUUUUUCAUUAUGAUCAUCCAGUUGGUUUGGCAUACAAGCAUAAAGUAUUUCUCAAUUUCAAAUGUAAAACUACAAGGUCACCUUGACUUCAGAGAUUUUGAUUAUUCUAACACUUCACUGAAGGCCUUCUCUAUACACCAAGUGGUCACUGAUGUGUUCAGUUUUCCACAAAGUUAUAUCUAUGAAAUCUUUUCAAAUAUGAACGUUCAAAAUUUCACAGUGUCUGGUACACAUAUGGUCCACAUGGUUUGUCCAUCCCAAAUUAGCACAUUUUUAUAUUUGGAUUUUUCUAAUAAUCUCUUAACAGACAUGGUUUUCAAAAACUGUGGAAACUUGGCUAAAUUAGAGACACUUAGUUUACAAAUGAAUCAAUUAAAAGAACUUGCAAGUAUAGUUUAUAUGACCAAAGAGAUGAAGUCUCUACAACAAUUGGAUGUUAGUCAGAAUUCUCUAAGGUAUGAUAAAAAUGAAGGAGAUUGCUCUUGGACUACAAGUUUAUUAAGUUUAAAUAUGUCUUCAAAUAUACUUACUGACUCUGUUUUCAGAUGUUUACCUCCUAAGGUCAAGGUACUUGAUCUUCACAAUAACCAAAUAAGAAGCAUUCCUAAACCAAUCAUGAAACUAGAAGCUUUGCAAGAACUCAAUGUUGCCUCCAAUUCCUUAGCCCACCUUCCUGACUGUGGAGCUUUUAGCAGCCUUUCUGUACUGAUCAUUGACCAUAAUUCAAUUUCCAACCCAUCAGCUGAUUUCUUCCACAGCUGCCAGAAGAUUAGGUCCAUAAGAGCAGGAAACAAUCCAUUCCAAUGCACCUGUGAGCUAAGAGAAUUUAUCCAGAAUAUAGGCCAAGUAUCAAGUGAAGUGGUAGAGGGUUGGCCUGAUUCUUAUAAGUGUGACUAUCCAGAAAGCUAUAAAGGAACCCCACUAAAGGACUUUCAUGUGUCUCAGUUAUCCUGCAACACAGCUCUGCUGCUUGUCACCAUUGGGGUCACUGUGCUGGUGUUGACUGUUACUGUGACUGCCCUCUGUAUGUACUUUGAUCUGCCCUGGUAUCUCAGGAUGGUGUGUCAGUGGACCCAGACCCGGCACAGGGCAAGGAACCUACCCUUAGAAGAACUCCAAAGAACCCUUCAGUUCCACGCUUUUAUUUCAUAUAGUGGGCAUGAUUCUGUGUGGGUGAAGAAUGAAUUAUUACCAAACCUAGAAAAAGAAGACCUAAGGAUUUGUCUCCAUGAGAGAAACUUUGUUCCUGGCAAGAGCAUUGUGGAGAAUAUCAUCAACUGCAUUGAGAAAAGUUACAAGUCCAUUUUUGUUUUGUCUCCCAACUUUGUUCAGAGUGAGUGGUGUCAUUAUGAACUCUACUUUGCCCACCACAAUCUAUUUCAUGAAGCUUUUGAUAACUUAAUUUUGAUCUUGCUGGAGCCUAUUCCACAGUAUUCCAUUCCCAGCAGCUAUCACAAGCUCAAAAAUCUCAUGGCACGAAGGACUUAUUUGGAAUGGCCCAAGGAGAAGAGCAAACAUGGGCUUUUUUGGGCUAACCUAAGAGCAGCUAUUAAUAUUAAAUUGAUGGAACAAGCAAAAUAAAUAGAUCACACAUAGAUCAAAAAAUAUAUGUGUGCUGCUUUUGGAAAAAUGUUGCUGCUUUUGGAAGUUCCAACAAUGACUUUAUUUUCAUCAACACAAAUCUAAAUGCAAUUUUGAAUGUGUGAUGCAGAUAAACACAUGUACUUUCAGGCUCCAGUUCACCGUUUACAUAUGGCAAUGAAAAUUAAUGAAAUAAUUUUAAACAGUUAA